AUGGGACAAACAUUAUCAGCACCCGUAGUUGAUAAAUUAACACAUCAAGGGAAAGACUCUCAUUUCAUAUAUGGAGUCUCCGCCAUGCAAGGCUGGAGAAUAAGCAUGGAAGAUGCUCAUUGCACCGAAUUAGAUGUGGAUGGCACGAAUGCCAGCUUUUUUGGCGUUUAUGAUGGUCACGGAGGCUCUACAAUUGCACAAUAUACUGGAGAGAAUCUGCAUCACCGUGUGAUAAAUAACCCUUACUUUGCAAAGAAAGAGUACGAGAAAGCACUUACAGCCGCUUUUAAAGAAUUAGAUAAAGAACUUUUAGAAGAUCCUAAUUUCGCGUAUGAUCCUUCAGGGUGUACAGCGGUCACCGCGUUAGUGACUCCUGACCGUAAAACAAUAUAUGUGGCUAAUGCAGGUGAUUCAAGAGCCAUUAUCAGUAUAUCAGGCAAACAUAAAGCAUUAUCGUAUGACCACAAACCAUCUGAUGCGAAGGAAAGUCAACGUAUUACAAACGCUGGAGGUUUCGUUGAAUUUGGACGAGUCAAUGGUAAUCUUGCUCUUUCACGAGCAAUAGGUGAUUUUGAAUUUAAACAAAACAGCUCUUUAUCACCUGAAGAACAAGCUGUUACGUGUAAACCAGACGUGAUUCAGCACAAUAUCACAGCUGACGAUGAGUUUUUCGUCCUUGCUUGUGAUGGUAUUUGGGAUUGUAUGUCAAAUCAAGAAGUCGUUCAAUACAUUCGUGAAAAACUUGCACAAAAGAUGAGAUUAGAGGAUAUUUGCGAAGAGAUCAUGGAGGAUUGUCUAGCGCCUGAAAGUGAUGCUAGUAAUGUAGGAUGUGACAAUAUGUCAAUCAUGAUCAUCGGAAUAUUGAAUGGCAAAACAGAAGAAGAAUGGUAUGAUUGGAUGGCUCAACGUGCCACACCAAAGAAAGAUGCCUUAGGGAACGAUAUCAGUAAUAGUGACGCUGAAUCUGUAGGAAAUGAUGAUAACGUUGAGGAGAACAAUAACGGCUCUGAAGAUGCCAACAAAGUCAGCGCUAGCGCUACAGAACCUAUUGCAGUACCUGCAGAAGACAUAAUCGAGAAAGUUCCUUUGAAUAAUAUGAAUAUUGAUACUUCAACGGCCAAGAACGGUGAAACUGAUCAUAAAGCAAAAUAG